UAUUAUUAUUAUUAUUAUUAUUAUUAUUAUUAUUAGUAUUAUAUACGUAAAAAUAGAAAGCAUUUACCAUCUCGAAAAACCACCGAAUUCAAAUCUUCACGUCGAUAUUUGAACAACUCGAGCUACGAAGAAUUUCUUUUGCAUUCAUUGCGGAUCACCGUGUAUAAAUUUUGUUAUGCCAGUAGGGCACCAGUUGGUUGGAAGCGUUUCAGGCACGGGGACGCCUUGAGGAGUCGAGAAACCUCGCCGAAGGUGACUCGUCUAUAUCAAAAUUCCGCGUCGACCAGCGAAAAGAGUUAUUUGUGUGUCGAUGUUCAAUCGCGUAGAUGGUGAUUGCGAUCGGGAAUAUCGUAUUUAAUUGUGCUGUUGGUGCGGACGGAUACUAACCAUGGGGCUCGACUUCAUCGAAGGACAGGGCGAAGACUUCGAGAGGGCACUGGAAAGUACGGGUUUCGGAAGGUUCCAUUUUGCUCUGCUGGCAGUAUGCGGCCUGAUCUACUUGAAUACUGCCGUCGGCAUCACCAUUAUCUCGUUCGUGCUACCGUCAGCCACCUGCGACUUUCAAAUGUCUUCCGCGGACAAGGGCUGGCUAACUGCUGCCCCCAUGUUGGGGAUGGUUAUCGGCUCGUAUUUCUGGGGCUGCCUGGCUGACACCAAAGGCAGAAAAAUCGUGCUCAUCGGGGCCCUGCUCAUGGACGGUGUCUGCGGGCUGCUGUCGAGCAUGUCCCAGAUCUACUGGCUCUUUAUGUUCCUGCGGUUUCUCAACGGAUUCGCUAUAACCGGGGCGAUGGGCAUUUGUUUCCCUUACCUCGGCGAAUUCCAACCGGGCAAGUACCGCGAAACCAUCCUCUGCUGGAUGGAAAUGUUCUGGACGCUGGGCGUCAUCAUCUUACCGGGAAUCGCCUGGAUCAUAAUCCCGAUGGAAUUCAAGUACGAGUCGGACGGCUUCAAGUUUUCCAGUUGGAACUUGUUCGUGGCCGCGUGCGCGGUGCCCAGCAUCCUCAUCGGCCUCUGGCUCUUCUUCUUCCCCGAGAGCCCCAAGUUCUUACUGGAGUGCGGCGAGGCCGACGCCGCCCUCGACGUGCUCCGGGACAUGUACGCGACUAACUACGGCGACGACGGCGCCAACUACCCGGUGGCGAGCCUGCGCGAAAAAGUGAGGACCAUGAGCGUGGUGUCGACGCAGUCGACGCGCAGCGUGAGGAGUUUGAGGAUACGCAAACCGAAAGAACUGAAACUGCUACUGGCUGAGAUUUGGGAACAGACGAAAGCGUUAUGCCGACCUCCUCAUCUGAGGUACACGGUGAUCACGUGUGCAAUACAGUUCGGGCUCACCACGAGCUAUUAUACGCUGAUGAUUUGGUUCCCCGAGCUGUUUUACCGCUUCGAGGAGUUCGAGAGGUGGCAUCCGGGCGAGAAGGCGUCAGUUUGCGACGUUUCCUCGGUAGUAGUACCGGGAAACGUCACCGGCGGCGUGGAAGAGUACUGCGCGGACCAGAUCGACGACUCGGUGUUCUUGCACACCCUCAUCAUAGGCCUCGCCUGCAUCCCGACGAGCUUCUGGCUGCCUCUGUGCGUUCACAAGCUCGGCACCAAGUUUUUCCUCGUUUUCAGCUUGAUCGUCGCGGGGGCGGUGACGCUCGGCUUGUACUUCGUCGAUUCGGCUACUUCGAACCUGGUGCUGUCGUGUAUAUUCGAGGCCCUCACCAGUUUGGGCAUCAGCACGGUUUACUGCGUGAUGGUGGACCUAUUCCCCACUAAUCUCAGGGUGAUGGCGGCCGCCCUUUCGCUGACGUUCGGCCGCGGUGGCGCCUUGAUAGGGAACCUUCUGUUUGGGUUCCUCAUCGACCUUAACUGCGUGGUGCCAAUCGUUUUGUUUGCCACGAUGUUGUUCGGCAGCGGCUUGUUGUGUCUUAUGCUGCCCAACACGUCGGGAGGCAGCCUAGAUUAACGCCGCACCAUUCCAAUAACUCAGAGUCUCCGCAUAAGGGCGGAUCGCCCGGUAUUUUUAUAAAAUACUUUUUAGAAAUGCGUACUCCAUUAAAAGAGGACUCGCGAUAUUUUAGAUGUGAUAAUUAUUUAACAUUAAUGUACAUAGAUUAUAGUGCCUUUCGUAAACGAAGGGGAAAUACAUUUUUAAA